AUGCCAAUCCAAGACGUUGGCCACCGUUCGCAGGUUGUGAGUGUGUCGAUCCUCGUUCGAGCAACAGCCAUGCUGAUACAAGUUGUUGCCCACUUCAAAGACAAGGAUUUGGGAUACAUUGCAGGAAUGAUGUUUGGGGCCAGUUCUGAAACGGUGAGCUCUUACAUUGCAUCAUGUCUUAAGUUGACAACCGCUUUUUGGUGCUGUUGCAGACUCGGUGAACUUGUCAUCGACUCCCUCACUUCCUUUGACCCAGAAAAACACAUCGCUCGGUCUACUCCCUCCUGUCUAGCGACAUCUGUGAAGUGCAGCCCUAGAGGGAGGUGCGAGAGUACUAUCAAAGAUAUACAAGCACAAAUCCACUCUACAGCUCAACUCGACUGGACCCACCAAAGGGAACAGCACCAGUGA